AUGGGUUCUACAACCGAGAAGUACGACUUCAUCAUCGUCGGCAGCGGGCCUGCCGGCGCCACGCUGGCAUCGCGGCUGUCCAAGGCGGCGUCGAAGCCGCGCGUGCUGCUGCUUGAGGCGGGUGGCGACAACACGGAGCCGUCGACGCUGUACUUGGUGAACCGCUUCACGACGUUGAUGACGGACGGCAUGAACUGGGGCUACAAGACGGUGCCCCAGGAGCACCUGAACGGGCGCGAGAUCGACUACUCGCGCGGCAAAGGGCUGGGCGGGUCGUCGGGGAUCAACUUCGCAUGCUACACCAUCGGGCCGCGCGACGACUACGACGAGUGGGCCCGGCAGGUGGGCGACGAGUCGUACAACUGGACUGCGGCGCAGCGCCGGUACCAGGCGCUCGAGGACUACAGCUACUCGGACGUGCCGGACAAGUACCGCAAGUUCGUGGCCCCCAACAAGGCGGCGCACGGAGACAAGGGCCCGCUGCAGCUCGAAAUCUCCAAGGGCGCGUGGGAGUGGAGCAUCGAGGAGAACUACCAGGCGGCCGAGCAGGCCAUCGGGCUGAAGCCCAACCUCGACAUCAACUCGGGCAACCCGCUCGGCAUCGGCGUCGUGCCGUCGACGUCGAGGAACAGCAUCCGGACCACGGCCAAGACGGCGAUGCUGGCGGACGCGCCGAGCAACCUGACCAUCCUGACGAACAAGCCCGUGGACAAGGUCGUGUUUGAGGGGAAGAAGGCGGUGGGCGUGGUCGCCGCUGGCGAGACGUUCCUCGCCUCGAAGGAGGUGGUCCUCUCGGCCGGCGCUCUCGACACGCCCAAGAUCCUCAUGCUCUCGGGCGUGGGCCCGUCGGCGGAGCUCGCCAAGCACUCGAUCCCGCAGCUCCACGAGCUGCCCGGCGUGGGCCAGAACCUGCAGGACCACGCCUUCGUCGUGCUGGUCAAGCAGUUCAAGGCCGGCCUCAGCGGGCGCCCGCAGCUCUUCCACGACGAGGCGGCGCUCGCGGCGGCGCAGAAGCAGUUCGCCCAGGACCAGAGCGGGCCGCUGUCCAUGUACUACAACACCAUCCUGAUGGGCUGGCAGCAGGCGCCCUCAGUGCUCGCGUCGCCCGAGUUCGCGGCGCUGCCGCCGGCGGUGCAGCAGCACGUGCGCAAGCCCACGGUCCCGACGUUCGAGCACAUCUGCCUCUGCCCGGCCAUCCACCCGGCCGCCGACCCCAACGGCGAGUUCCUCUCCAUCCUCUCCAUGCAGAUGGUCCCGCAGUCCAAGGGCACCGUCACGCUCGCCAGCGCCGACCCGCGCGCGCCGCCGCUGUGCGACCCCAAGCUCUUCUCGCACCCCUUCGACCGCGCCAACAUGAUCGACGCCGUGCGCCGGUCGUGGGCCGUCAUGGAGGCCGAGCCGCUCGCCCGCCACGUCGUCGCCGACACGGCGCUGCCCAAGGACAAGACCGACGCCGAGGUCUGGAAGUACAUCCAGAGCUACUGCAACACGACGUGGCACAUGACGGGCACGGUCAAGAUGGGCCGGCCCGACGACGACGAGGCGUGCGUGGACACGCGCUUCAGGGUCAAGGGCCUGCAGGGGCUGCGUGUUGUGGACAACUCGGUCCCGCCGUUCGUGCUGAACUGCCACGUUGUGAGCGUGGCGUAUCUGGUCGGCGAGACGGCGGCGGAGAAGAUGAUUGAGGAGUAUGGGUUGUGA